AGCUAAAGAGCGACCUUGUGUAUCCACCAGCCUGCAAGAGGGGGGAAAAGGAAAAAAUAAAACAGAAAAAGGAAAAAAGCGAACAAACAAACAAGAAGGGUAUCUGUGCCGUCCACCAUCCGAGAAUGACGGGGAAGAGAAAUCUGUGCUUGUGUUUUUUUUGGGAUCUGGUUUUUUCUUUUUGUUGCGCGCGUGAAAAGCAGAACAUCCAACGGACCUUAACGGUUGGCAAUUUUAUCCCUCCACGAGUAAAAACGACCUCACAAAAACUCUGCUGCGACAAACGACACCAGAGUAUAUCCAACCUUAUAUUAUGGAUGGCUAUCCCGCAAGGUUCAAGGAUUUACGUCUGGUCUCUGUCGAGCAAGCAGAUUCUGGCCCUCUGGUCAAGCUCGUCUCUUGCACUGAUUUCCAUCCACACGGCUCCACCUCCAACUGAGGCCUCUGCUGAUCACUCUUUUGGUGAUCUGUUCAACUGUGAACAAAUGAAACCGCUAAAGCAAAAAAAAAGCAAAUUGGAAGUGAAAAAAAGGACGCUCGCAAUGCAAACUAAAAACAAAAAGAAGGCAACGCUAUGACGCUCAUACAGCAGUCUUUGAUACAAGAAAGAUGAGAAGGUUGCAGGCUACCUACGACGGCGAGGUUGCCCAGUGC